CCUCUGCUUCUUUUGUCUCCCCUGUGCAGAUAACAAGAGUUAUAUUCUGCGUCUUCCUGGAUACCGACUACGAUAUCUACAAGGAGAAAAUGGCUGAGCUCUUCCAAGAGAACGACAUGGAGGUCACGGAGGGACAGUCAAAGGCUGGUAACACACCGCCGUCAAAGAAAUCCAAGAACAGGGAGCCAAGUGAGGACCGAAGCACAGAUGCUGUUCCCGACAACGACGUGCACAUGGAGAGUCAGAACCAAGAUGAGAUGGGUGAUGAUGAAAAGCAAGACGAAGAGGCCGCGGAGGAAGACGAAGAUGAUGACGACGGCGUUGCCGAAGGCGAGGACUCCAACCCAAAGGAAAAAG